CUCGGGGACAAAUUCACAAGACUUUUUUCAGUCAAGGGGAACCAAGUAAACGUUUGCGCAACAUUUGUUGAAGGAGUGGUUUAGAAGCAGCGCACAUUCCUGCCAAGAACUUUCUUCCUUAUCUGCACAGACCUGAAAUGUGAGUAAAAGUCAGUGAGCAGAGUUUCUCCUAAGUGACCAAAGAUAAUCUGGUGGAAUGUUCAGGUUUAAUUAUUUAAGAUAGGGGUUGUCCCGUACACCUAACCCGCUGAAGAGCAGAGAUUAUACAUUACAAAUCAUUGAGGGAAGUGUGAGUUUAAGGCAUUUUUUCUUUGGAACAAUAGGUGGCAGUAUUACCAUGCACAGGUAUUUUUGCAAGGUAAGGAUGACUGUUGAAUUUUUGCCACACUGUAUGUGCUAGUAGGUGAAAUGAGCAUGUCAACAGGAGGGUCAUAGUGAGACCAGAUGGGCCAGAAGAUGAGCACUGAGCCUUUGAGUCGCUCUGAGGUGUUUGGACAGCUCAGAAAGGAGCUCUAUGGAGAGGAGAAGCCCAGCCAAUCCAACACACACAUUUUCAUCAUCCUAGGAGCAUCUGUGAGUACAAACUAACGCUCUUACAACAUGGCAUGAACAACUGUUUCCUCUUAUGUAAAAUUAAAACUUCAGCUCUUGCAGCUUCCCUACAACAGAGUUCAAUGUAGACAAAGUUUUGUGUGCUGUUGCCAGGUCUUCCUACAAAGGAUUUUAAAAUCUAAACAGUAGGUUGAAAUGAACAUAAAUGUGAGUGGGCCCCAACAGGGGAGGGGAACAGUUCACCGGGGAGCUUUGCAGUGCGGUGAUCAGACUAUGAGAGCCGGGUGAAUGAGCAUAUAUUGACUGAAAUGUGCUGCUUCUACUUUUUCCUUUGUUGGUCACUGAGCAAAGGAAAUGACUUUACAGAAUAAAUGCCUUGUCAGCUUGUUUUUAUUUGCUUCAAUUGUUGCACAAUAUCUACAUUUGUUGAAAAAAGUCGUUCAUUUCAGUCUAUCUUUGCGUAUCAAAAGCCUUUAAAGAAUGAGUGCUCUCACAUUAACCAACAUAUCUGCACACUCCACUCAACUGUGAGCACUUAUAUCAAAGUAAAUCUGCUCUUUGGACUUUGUAUUGAUCAAUGUUGGCCUCAGGAUUUAUCUGGAGGUGCUCCAUUAUUUCUCUUUGAUUUGUAUUUUUUUAUUUAAUUUUUUGCACAGGGGGAUCUUGCUAAAAAGAAGAUCUAUCCAACUCUGUGGUGAGUACAGUAGCAGCUCAAACACCGGCUUGCAUGUGAUAUAGUCUAAAACUGUUUGGUCACUUUGUGCUGUUUGACCUUUGGCCAGUGUUCUGCAUCACUGCUGACAGGCUGUUCCUCCUGUAGGUGGUUAUUCAAAGAUGGGCUCCUCCCAGAUGACUCCUACUUUGUGGGAUUUGCCCGAUCUAAUCUGACAGUGGAAGACAUCAAGGCAGCCUGUCUGCCUCAUAUGAAGGUAGAUUUCCAUAAUAGUUCUAACACACAGUACUGCUGAUUGUCUGAGUGUGUUUUCAGAGAUAAUGUAAUUUUCCCUUCAGGUGACUGAUGAAGAGAAUGAGAGCCUCUCAGAUUUCUUCAGUAAGAACUCCUACGUCAGAGGCCGAUAUGACGAUGACAGCUCCUUCUUACAGCUCAAUGCUCAUCUGUCAUCUCUGCCAGGAGGAACGGAUGCCAACAGGCUCUUCUACCUGGCUCUGCCACCCACUGUCUACCACCAUGUCACCACAAAUAUCAGCGCCCACUGCAUGGGUCACAAGUCAGUGUCUGAUAUGGUCACAAGUUUUCAGAAGGAGUGAUUUUGUGACUAUUUGAUUGUGUUAAUUUAAUCAGCUGUGUUCAAAAACAGAGGCUGGAACAGGGUGAUUGUUGAGAAGCCUUUCGGUCAUGACCUGCAGAGCUCCCAGGAGCUGUCAGCCCACCUGUCCUCCCUGUUCACAGAGGACCAGAUCUACCGCAUUGACCACUACCUGGGCAAGGAGAUGGUCCAAAAUCUAAUGGUGCUCAGGUAACAAGGUCCACACACAAUCUUUCACUCAUUUUAAUAAUAAUAAUAAUAUCUUACAUUUGUAUAGCGCCUUUCAAGAUACCCAAAGCGCUUAACAACACACUACAAAAAACCUAACUAAAUACCAAAAGCCUGGAUAAACAGGUGUCGCUUCAGAGCAGACUUGAAAGAGUCCAGAGUUAAAUGUCAUAAAUACGUUUAAGAACAGUUGUUUAACACAGUCAGGAAGCAUUUCAUCAGAGCUUGCAUAUUUGAGAUCCAUAAACGUAUAUCACUCUUCUGCAGAUGCUUUGAACUCUGUUAAGUAACAUCACAGCAGACUGUCUCUUCUCGAGUCAAACCCACAAUCACUGAGACAAGACUACAGCUUCUGUCCAUGGUGCGCUUGCUGAAACCAGUAGCCCAACUGUCCCCCCUGAGAUUAUCUCUGCCAUGUUCAACUACCAUGCAUGCCACCAAAGCAAAUGGCAGACUUUUAUCGUGAUGUCCAGUUGACCCAAAGAAACAUAUGGCUACUGCACAUUAUGCAAAGUUGCUGGUCUGCGGUGACAUGUAGAAACACACACAGAGGAGUUAGAAUGCAGGAAAGUAUUUACGUUUUGCCGUGGGCCACAUCAUGGGGGGAAAGUGGGACUGACUACCAAGGGCCCCAAAGAGGGUUGGACCUUUAAAUGGUCUGACAUUAAAACAUAAUUUUCCCCUUUAAAUCAUUAAUCCCAUUAAAAAAGAUAAUCAACAUUGGUCCAAAUAGGAUGAAAUUAGGAAGAUUAUGAACCAGUUAUUUAGUCUGCGUCGCACUUGGAUUAAUAUUUUACAUAAUCUAGGAAGCUAGAUGACUGACUCUGGAGUGCUGCAGCUCCCCCAGUAGACCACAAUAUUUGGAGAAUCUUCUGUUUGUUUGAAACUAAGAUGGAGUGUAUGCUCCCCUCUGCCUUCCUGUACUAAUGAUGGUAUCUCAACUAACAGGGGUUUGUAAUUAUAUAUAUGACCACAGAUAUUUCUGAGACGUAUCACGCUUUAACUGCUGUUACUUUACUUCAACACAAAAGUGUGGUUAUCUGUGUCUUGAGAUGGGUAUUCUGGGUUAUAGAGGUGAGGUUAUAGCAGGUGUUCAGGGUUAGCUUGGGCUGUGGCGGUGGUAUCCAGGAAGAUGACUUUUUAAGAGGGUCAGAUUUUCUGUCAACACCUCCUGUUUGGGAUCAAGCAAGUUCCAGUACAGUGUCAGAACUGGUUGUCUUGGCCAACGGAAAUACGCUAAUUAAUAUGAAUAAAAAUGUGUUUUUAUUUAAAAUGCUGUUAACUACUUAUUGCUGUUUGUUUAACUGUUGUAUUUAAGACAUCAGCCAUCACACUAAAGCUCGUGCUGUUAUAAGGAACAUCUGGACUUCUGUGAUUUAAUCUAAAGCAGGAGGCUGCAGGCUGAGUGCCAUGGAUAAUCACAGCUGUGCUUAAAUUCAGUGCAGCAUCAUUACUACAAAAUCUCUUUGUUUGUUAUUAAUUAUUGGUUUUAUUCUCUCCCCUCCAGGUUUGGAAAUCGUAUCUUUGGACCCAUAUGGAACAGGGAUAGUGUGGCCUGUGUGGUCCUUACCUUCAAGGAGCCUUUUGGCACUCAGGGCCGUGGAGGAUACUUUGAUGACUUUGGUAUCAUAAGGUCAGAACGAGUAAAUUCAGUCACAUCAUUUGAUGAAAUGUUACAGUUUUCUGUCAGGGGGCGUUUCUUUAGCCGUAUUCUUACUCUUGUUUCUCAAUAAAGAGAUGUCAUGCAGAAUCAUCUCCUGCAGAUGCUCUGUUUGGUCGCCAUGGAGAAGCCUGCUUCCACCAGCCCGGAUGAUGUGAGGGAUGAGAAGGUAAAACUGUCAACUGAGCAGUUAGAAAAGUACAUUUCUGAGCACGUUUUCUGAACUUAAUUGGGGUCUAUGUCAGUGCAAUGUUAUUCUAAUGAAACUAUCGGUGUGCUGUAGGUGAAGGUGCUGAAAAGCAUAGCUCCUGUUGCUAUUUCUGAUGUGGUGCUCGGUCAGUAUGUGGGAGACCCUGAUGGGGAGGGCCACUCCAAACUGGGUUACCUUGACGACCCUACUGUACCCAAAGGCUCCUGCACACCAACAUUUGCCACCGCCGUGCUUUAUGUCAAGAAUGAAAGAUGGGAUGGUAGGACAGAACUGCUUUUCUUAUGUAAUGACAAAGUAAUUUCUGAUAGUUUUCUCCCUGACAUGUUUUAUCAAGAUCAUGUCUGCCACCUUCUCCACUCUACAGGAGUUCCCUUCAUCCUACGCUGUGGUAAAGCUCUGAACGAACGAAAGGCAGAAGUGCGUCUGCAGUUCACAGAUGUGCCAGGAGAUAUCUCUAAUGAACGCUGUCGGAGGAACGAGCUGGUUGUGCGGGUGCAGCCGGACGAAGCAAUAUACCUGAAGAUGAUGACCAAGAGGCCUGGGGUUUACUUCAGCCCUGAAGAGACUGAGCUGGACCUCACAUACAAGAGCAGAUACAAGGUGUUUCAAUCGUACAUGGUUCUCGUUCAUCAUUAAGGUCAAAUUUUAAGCUCAAAAAAGUUGUUUUUUAAUCUUUUGAGAGUGAUUACUAUUUCUUUUAAACUGUUUCUUGCUUACACCUGUUUUUUUACACCUGUUAGUCUUAUAUUCUCAAAAGAAUCUCAAAAGAGCAAAAAUUAAAAAAAAAAAACUCAAUCCAUAACAGACAUUUAACUUUGCUAUAAAUAAUGACAUGUGAGUCAGACAUGCUUUAAUGUAACAAUCAACCUUUACAUCUCAUAACUUAAAAAUGUAUUAGUCUUUAGUUUAUAUAUGAUGUUACCCAAAGGUAACUUAACAUGAGUGCUUACAGUGUGGAGAUACACUACAUAGGAAAAUUGUUAGAAAUGAAAAAAAGACCCCUUCAGUUUAAAUAUUACUCUAUGCUAAAGUAAUGGAACAUAAAAACCUACAUAUUAUGUAUUUGAAGCAUUCAGGUUUUAUCUAUACAACAAUCUCCAGAACUUAAAUGAGCAGGUAUUUACAGAUUUUCUAACAUCAUCCUCCAGAAUGUGAAGCUCCCAGAUGCUUAUGAGCGGCUGAUCCUGGAUGUCUUCUGUGGAAAUCAGAUGCACUUUGUGCGCAGGUUGGUUGUGUUGUGUAUAGUUACAUCUGUUUCCCAGGUACUUCGUGUUAAUGUUUCAUUUUUUUGUUUGUCUGUUUCUUUCUCUGUUCCAGUGAUGAGCUUCAUGAGGCCUGGAGGAUCUUCACUCCCCUCCUCCACCAAAUAGAGGCAGAGAAGAAGAGUCCCAUCCCUUACGUUUAUGGAAGGUAAAACUUCAUGAGAUGUUAAAAUGAAGAAACAUGAUGAGCAUUUUCAUUUUGAGUGACCUGUACCUUUAUUACCAUCUCAGUCGGGGUCCAAACGAAGCAGACGAUCUCGUGAGGAGGGUGGGAUUCCGCUAUGAGGGAACAUACAAGUGGGUGCAGCCCCACUCAGUGUAAUACCUCCUUUCUCACACUGAUGAGCUCAUGAACACACAAACACGCACCUGUGUCAGCAAGUUUACAAAAUAAAAAGUUUACUACGAAUCUUCCACUGCUGUGACUGUGUGAUUUUGUCUGCAUGUUAAAAAACCCACCAUACUUUAGUUUUUAAUAAAUCUCUAAUCAAACAAGAACUAAUAUUGUGAUUAAAAAACCUGCAGCUGCCUGAUUUAAGAGUUCACUUGUAGUUUAAAUUCUUAAAAAUAAAUCAUCAUUCACUGUUCCUCUUCUCUUUUCUGUCUUAUUUUUAACCUCACUGACUCUUCCUGACAACUUUAUGUGUGUGAAACUUUUAGUGCAAGAUAAUCUGUUUUCACGUGUUUUUAAAUUUUACAGUUCCACUAUUUCUCCACUAUUAGCAGGCUGUGUUCACAGUUGUUACUCAAUCACGAAAACACUGAAUGAGGUGCACACAAAGCAACACCAGUACCACAUAUUUAAACCAGGAGGGCUUGUUGGGCUGGUUUAAAAUAUGAGGUGACUCCCUUAGUAACAGUCAGACACAAAGGAGAAACGUUUGAAUGUCCCUCAUUGGGGGAAAAAUGGCUCCCAGGUAGGUGUUUUUUUCAUAGCAACUAAGAUUUCAAGUUAUUUAUCUGUCACAAUGCUUGAAUUAGCUCUAAUAUUUCAAUCUCAGUUUAGUCAAAGCAUUUCUAGAGUUUUUUCACCUGUUAAUUUUACCUAUGUCUGUCCCUAUCAGGUGCGUGGACUAGGAUGGCGUCUCUUACCCUUAAACACAAAUCCACCCAUAAUCUGGAGCAAUGUGAAGAGCAGCAGAGACAAUUGUCUGUUUAAACAUCCUCUCCUCCAGGACUGUUGUGUCUUUCUGUCAUCUGUUAUUUGAUUAACAUUUACUGUACGGAGUGCAGAGCCAGGUCAUGAUGAUACAUGACGCAAUAAAAACCGAAGAUACUUUUUAAAGUGAUAUUUGUUACUACAGUGUUGAGCUUAGGGGAGAGUGGGGUAAGAUGAGCCAUUUUUCAUAUUUCAGAUCACUACAUCAAGACAAUCAUAGUUUUGUCUCAAACCAGUGUAUCUGCAUAUAUUUUAAGAUGUAGCGCAUCCCUGCAAACCAACAGAAUGAGUGUAAACAUAACUGUCUUGAUAAUAUAGCAUGCCAAAAAAAGUGUUGUCCUUUGGUCAACUUACCCGUGUAUGGAGUAAGUUAAGCCAUAUCCAUACCCCCCACCCCAGCCCCACCCCAGCCCUCCCUCACCUUCUCCCUCCCUAAAUAACAGUCACUUCUUCACAUUCAUGUGUAUUUUUAUUUCUUGUAUGCUAUUUAACAGGUACAAUAAUUCUUUUAAUUACUAUUGCAAAUAACAGCUAAAAAGCUGUUUUGUAAAAAAACAUUUUAACAUGAGAAAGUGAUUCAGAACAUUCACAGCUGUAUUUUUAAAUAGAAAAAGUAACACAUUUCAACAACUUGAACUGAAACUCUGAUCCUCUCAUCAGACUCCUUUACUUUCUCAGUUGAGCCACUGGUUCAACUUACCCCAGAACUACUAUGAUGACUUUAUUAGUCCUCUAAGCUGAUACAGUGGACUUUUAUGUCAGGUUUUUGACCUCAUUGUAGCUCAUAGAUACCACAACUGAUGUAUAAAACAAAUUUAAAAUGAUUUUUUUUUGUCUGAACACAAUUCUAAUAAAACUCAUGACAGACUAAAUUCACUUUCAAAAGUGAAAAAUGUUUUUUUGUAAAUAAAUGUCUAACCCCUUCACCCAUGUGCUUCUAACCUUCACAGACUCCAUGAAUUGAUGCCCAUCUCCUAAAUAUUUGGUCACAUGAUCAAUUUCUUUUACCUUUUCCAAUUAACAGGGGGUGGCUCAACUUACCCUUUGGCUCAACUUACCCCACUCUCCCCUACAUAAAAAACAGUCAGGCAAAAAUUCACACCAGUCAGUCUUUUUUAUUGCAUUAAGAUGCUUUUUGUGUCAACUGCCCUUGACUUCAUCCAUGGUGUAAACCUCCGGAAAAUAAACACAUCACGUAUACCAAAACACUACACACCUCCAGAAGGAGUUCUUAUUGCACAGAAAAACUACUUCUAGUAUUUUUAAUAGUGCUUUCCAUCAGGGAGAAUUCAGCAAACACACUCAUUAAAAAAUAAAUAUUUUUUUAACAGUUGCAUAAGAAAUUUUUUAAAAAGUGCCUGAAAUAUUUGGAACUUUUUGGCAAAGAGAGACUGUAAGCCCAGCUGACUUGUCGCCUCUUGAACAAUUCAAUCACCUGUCCCGAUUUUUUUUCUUCCAAAGCUUAGUUGAGACUUGUCCCGUAACAUGACCUUUCACGCUUGUCACUCUCCUCUCUGUAGUCCUGCACCGCUGCUCCAUCUUCAAUGCCCCGAGCGUACAGACGCACCAACUGGCCGUGGACUCUAAAGAGGAGUUCACACAGUUUAAAACUUCUCUGUUGGUACAUGACAAAGCUGAGUAACAAAGUUGAAGCUAGAAUUGGAGGGAUAAUGCAGUAGUCCAUGAAUGUGCUAAAAGCCUCUCAUGGACAGUUGCACUCUCUCACCUGCUGAGGAUCUCUGUUGAAGGCAGGAUCUCUCCAUCACAGUUCCACACUGACACGGCGGGAGCUUUGCUGCAGCACACACCACAUAAAAAAGAGUUGGCUGUUUUCUGCCUCUUUGUUGGUUCUCGUGCUGCGCCUUUCUCUGCCAGGUGCUGUUGAGAUCCGUUCCUGCUAGCAGUGUCAGUGUAACCCCGCUCUUCAUCGUUACUCUGCCCUUCACGUUCAGCAAACGAGUCCUCCUCUUUGUCCGGGGGUAGAGAGAAGCGAACGGCCUUAACCCGAUGGACUUCAACAAAUGGCAGGUCAAACUAAGAAAAGCAGGACAGAGACUGAGCCAUUUAGUGUUUACAUUUGAAGGAACGGCUUUGUUUGCUUUGUUUGGAUUAAAAGAGCACAAACCUGGUCCUGAGAACUUGUGUGCCUGUAGAGGAACUUGAGGAAUCCCAGCGGGUGAGUGUCCCACACCAGAAUGAGGUCCCCUGUCCCGUCUGCCAGGUGAGCGGAGGGAGAAAGGCCCAGGGGACUUCUGGGAUUUGAGCUAGACAUGCAAGUGAGGGACACACACCUGAAUCUGCCCUCUACACUCACCCACUCACCUGAAGAGACAAAAAGAAAUCAGAAAAUCAGGAUCUUUUCCUGUGCAUUAGAUAGGACUACUCAGGUUUUUCACAAAAACAAAGCAAUUCACCAAAACUGGCUUUACUUGUAGUGAUUUAUGAGUGUUUUUUUUUCUCUUUUUAGCCAAACAUUUGUUUAACUUUGCUCUGUAGUGAUUGUUUCAUUGAGCAGCUCUUACAUUUUACAUAACUUUGCACUCUUAUCCUCACUAAUGCCAAACAUUUCCUCUCAUUUCUGCUGUAGUUUGUCAAUCAAUUUACAACAUGCUUCAAGUUGUUUACCCUGUGAAAACUUAUUUGACUAACAAUUUCAAGCAAAAGUGUUUUCUCCUAACCUGAGGGGGUCUUUGCGAUUUCUGAUCUUUUCCCCACACUUUCCUUCUCAUCUUGUGGAGUGGUAUAAAUCCUGCCUUACCUUGCAAUCAGUUUAGACUAAAAGAAAGAUUCCCAUUCCUGACUUUAACAGAGACAAGACUAUUUUGUGUGUGUGCAUGUGUGUGUGUGGUCUCACCCUCUGAGUCAUUAUUGUACUGGCUGUGGUAGGAGCUGUACAGUGAGCCGGAGUCUGAAGAGUUGGGGAAGAGCCUCUCUGUACUUCUGGAGCAAACGCUGCACCUAAACACACAAACACAUACCGUACAUACAUGCACAAACACACACACACAGAGAACACAAACACAAAGGGUUUUCACUCUGUUUGAAAGUCUGUGAAACAACAAGUUCCUCUACCUUGACACCCGUUCAUAGGAGGAUCAUAAACCCUGAAGCUAACAGCCAAGGACAGCUGCCGCAGACAAAGAGCGAGGAAUUGUUCACUAUAAUAGAGCUCCAAGGCUCACCUUUCAGCUAGAUCAAGUUCCCCUUGCCCUGGUUCAUACCCUCCUUAAGGUGCAAACAACACCUGAGCCCAAACCACAGGUGGUAGCAAUUACAGUGUCUCAAACAGUGAAUUCGAACCAUUUCACCAGUGCUUAAAUAAUAAUGAUUCUUCUCCAAGGACACUUUCUCUCUUUGUUAUAAAAAGGGUUUAAUGUUUGCAAGGUCAAACUUUCUGUUGUGGUGAGACAGUUUAGAAAAGGAUAAAGACACACGAGGAGACAGUGAGUGAAAUACAGUGAACAGCCAUCCUCUGAGAUAAGGGAUGUGGUUGUUGGUACUUUACCCUGCGAGGCAGCGUGUUCUGUCUCUGGGGCUGGAGAGGACCGGGUCUGCUGGUAGAUACUGAACUACGCCUGCAUAGCUUCUGUUGCUCAGGUACACCACUGUGCCUACACAAAGGGGGCAGUUAGAUCAGCAGAUAUUCAAAAAAAUGAAAACAAGUUAUUUGCAAAACAGCUUGUUAUUUUUCUAACAAUGAACAGAGCUUUGAGCAUGUCAUGUCUAAUAAUUUAGAUGUCAUGCAUUUGUUUAUUCAUUUGUUUAUUUAGAGGUAAGUACCCUAUUUUAUAGUGAUUUCUCUGUAUUCUGGUAAUCACAGGUACUGAUACACAACAGGACACCAUGUUAUAUUGUUUAAUUACUGUCAAUGGUAAAAAUACAAAAUAAGUUCAUAAAAUAAGGUUACCUAGGAUGUGAAACUAUGGGUUGUGACUGUAUACUUAAUAAGACAAUGUUAACUGAGGUGAUACAUCAGCUAAUACGUCAGCAAAAAUCAAAACUGGUUCUGAACAAUUCCCCCCCAGGGCCUUUUUCCUCUGACAUCGGCUGAGAAACUCCAGUGCUCCCAAGCUUUA